AUGAGAGAUGUGAUCAAGAUAGAGGAGGCUGGUGGAAACCAAACUGACUUUCCGGCUUAUGUUUCUGUUGUUGCUGCUUCGUUUAGCCAGGAUUCAGGAGGUAGUGGGCAAGAUGUUGUAGUAGUGGGACUUGAUAGUCACUUGAAAGAGAUAAAGGAUCGUUUGUUUCAAGAUUCCCCCGAACUCAAACUUGCCACCAUAUUAGGAAUGGGGGGCAUUGGUAAAAGUACUCUUACUGAGCAAGUUUACAAAGAUCCAGAUAUUCUUGACCGUUUUGAUAUCCGCGCUUGGGUAAGAGUUUCUCAAGAGUACUCUGUGCGCCAUGUCCUACUUGGCAUUCUGAAUACUACAGAGAGGUUCACAGACGAAAGGCUUGAAGAUAGCGAAGAGGAAUUGGCUUUGUAUUUCCACAAAAUUCUCAUGUACAGGAGGUUUAUAAUCAUAAUGGAUGAUGUGUGGAACACAAACAUGUGUGAUUUCUUGAAUAGAUACCUUCCUGAUAAUAACAAUGGAAGUCAUCUACUUUUGACUUCUCGGCUGCCAAAUGUUUUUGGAGCACAAGGUUCUCCAGUAGAAUUGGAGUCCGUUGGGAGGGAGCUUAGUCAGAAUUGUAGAGGACUUCCUCUUGCAAUUGUUGUUAUUGCAGGUCUUAUCUUUAAGGACUCCGAUAUCCAAGUCCGGAGAGAUGAAAAUUUUGAGAUAUCUAAAUCUAGACUUAUCAACCUAUGGAUUGCUGAAUGGUUUGUGCACGAAUGUCCAAAUAGAGCUUACACAAUGGAAGAGACAGCUGAGAAGUAUCUGCAAGCACUUGUUGAUCGAAACCUGAUUUUGGUAAAUUGUGGAAUUCUUAUCACAGUGUUCUUUAUGUCUUCUGCAUUGCUAGUCUACCAACUUAAGAGUUUGAAGAUCAUUAUCAAGUACGAUGGUGAUGAUGUAGAGACAGCCAUUUCUCCUGAUCCACCAAAGCUUAAAUUCCUUGAAAACCUUAAAAAGUUGUGUCUAAGAGGUUGUGGAGUUUCAUCGGAACGCAUGACAAGUAUCGGUAAAUUGUCAAAUCUGACGGCUCUGAAACUGAGAUGUGGCGCAUUCUCUGGCCCAUCAUGGGGGAAUGUGAAACGGGAGUUCCCUGAACUAGCGUUCCUACUUCUGGAAGAUUUAAGUUUGAUGACAUGGCUAACUGAUGAAGCUCCCUUCCCGCGUCUUGAAUGCCUUGUUAUAAGGUCGUGCCACAGGCUAAAGGAGAUCCCUUCCACCAUUGGUGACAUAUCAACACUUGAGAAGAUCAAGUUGGUUGACUGUCCUUUUGCUUGGAAUUUUGCUAAGGAAGGAAGUAAAAUUUCAUAUUGA